GCCGACCUUGUGCCGGGGGUCCCGUCCCGUCCCGUCCGGUCCGAGCGCCCGGGCUUCCCAGCGGGAUGGGCUCCGGGAGCGGGGCGGGCUCCGGGAGCGGGGCGGGGGACGCGGCUGCCAGCGGGGCCCAGCUCCUCGCCGAGUCCCUCAAGGCUCAGAAUAUUGAAUACAUGUUUGGCAUCGUUGGUAUUCCAGUCACUGAAAUAGCAAUUGCAGCCCAAGCAGUUGGAAUUAAAUAUGUGGGAAUGAGAAACGAGCAAGCUGCCUGUUAUGCUGCAUCUGCUGUUGGAUAUUUGACUGGCAGACCGGGAGUGUGUCUUGUAGUGUCCGGUCCAGGAUUUUUACAUGCCCUUGGUGGGAUGGCAAAUGCAACCAUGAACUGCUGGCCUUUGAUUGUUAUUGGAGGCUCUUCUGACAGAAAUCAGGAGACCAUGGGAGCUUUUCAGGAAUUCCCACAGGUUGAAGCUGGUAGGUUGUACACCAAACUGUCUGUCCGCCCAAGCAGCCUGGAAGUUAUUCCUGCUGUUAUUGAAAAGGCUGUAAGAACCAGCAUAUAUGGUCGUCCAGGUGCCUGCUAUAUUGAUAUACCUGGGGAUUUUGUGAAUCUUCAGGUGAACACGAGCGCUGUCAAGUAUGUGGAGUGUUGCCUGCCUCCUCCCAUCAGCACAGCUGAACACUCUGCUGUAUCCCAAGCAGUGUCUAUCAUUGCUUGUUCCAAGCAGCCUCUGCUCAUCAUUGGCAAAGGUGCUGCUUAUUCACAUGCUGAAAAGAACAUCAGAAAGUUGGUGGACCUUUCUGGACUGCCUUUUUUGCCUACACCAAUGGCAAAAGGAGUAGUUCCUGAUAACCAUCCGAAUUGUGUAGCUGCAGCAAGAUCAACGGCACUACAGAAUGCUGAUGUAAUCAUCUUGCUUGGGGCAAGAUUGAAUUGGAUUUUGCAUUUUGGUCUUCCACCAAGGUUUCGACACGAUGUAAAGGUUAUUCAGAUUGAUAUUUGUGCAGAAGAGCUGGGGAAUAAUGUGAGGCCAGCUGCAGUUUUAUUGGGUGACAUCAAUGCCGUGACUAAGCAGCUCCUAGAAGAAUUCAGCAAAAGACCAUUGAAAUACCCUUCUAAUUCAGAGUGGUGGAAACACCUAAGAGAGAAAAUAACAAACAAUGAGGAAAGAUCAAAGGCAUUAGCAUUACAGAAAAGCCUGCCUAUGAAUUAUUACACGGUCUUUCAUCACAUCAGAGAACUGAUACCCAAGGACUGCAUCUUAGUAAGUGAGGGAGCAAACACCAUGGACAUCGGACGAACUAUGCUUCCAAACUUCCAUCCCCGUCAAAGGCUUGAUGCAGGUACUUUUGGGACAAUGGGAGUUGGCCUGGGCUUUGCUGUAGCAGCUGCGAUGGUGGUUAGAGACCGAGCACCUGAAAAGCGGGUCGUCUGCAUAGAGGGAGACAGUGCCUUCGGAUUUUCUGGGAUGGAGGUGGAAACUAUUUGCAGAUACAACUUGCCAAUCCUGAUUAUUGUAGUAAACAACAAUGGGAUUUACACUGGCUUGGAUGCAGAUGCCUGGAAGCAGAUGUUAAAAUUAGGAGAUCCUGCUACAUGUGCACCUCCUGUUUCUCUCCUGCCAAAUUCACACUAUGAGAAAAUUAUGUCUGCCUUUGGAGGUAAAGGAUACUUUGUUAAAACACCGGAAGAACUGCAAAAUGCUCUGAAAGCAAGCCUGGCUGACAAGCAAACACCUUCUCUUAUUAAUGUAAUGAUUGAUCCACAGUCUGAGAGAAAGAAACAGGAAUUUCCCUGGCUGACCCGUUCCAACCUGUAGUAGAGGAUGAAGAUAAUGGUGAUGCAGUGCUGUGCCUUAAGCAAAACUGAAUUGGUUUCCAGAAGUGGAACCAGUACAGCUCUCUUUUACAUAAGCAUAGGAACAAAGUGGGAUUUUAGAACUGCUAUUAAAGUGAUCUUUAAAUACUGAAAUUAAGUAAUUAGAAAAUGAACAAGACAUGUAUGAAUGUAUACCAGGCCUUGUAGCAGUUUGUACGGUAACACUGAUGAUAAAAUUACACAUUUUUUCUUUUACUCAAUCAUAAGCAUCAAGAUUUGUGAAUUAAAAUCUUGGAUGUUCUGGAUGGAAGGAGUAAGCCAAGGGUUUUAUACUGACAGAACAACAGAAGUCUUUUGCAGUCUGCAGUUCUAGUAACUUCAUUUUUAGCUGAUUACCAGCAUGCUGCUUGUUUCAGACUUUGCCCUGGAAGGACCAGAACAAAGCAUCUUGUUGUGAAAAAGUGCGGAUUUGCCUCAUCUUGUAUUGAAGUCCAUUGGAUUCAUAGUAAUUGAAUAAUUUUACAAGUUGCCUUUUCAGCUUCUACUGCAGGUGGAAGUAGUGUAUUAAAAAUGUGGACUUAAUCAA